AUGCCAACGCAAGCCGAGCGUGAGCAACUGGAAGCGCUAUUCGGGAGGUGGUCAUCCGACAGCGAUCUGUCGGAUGGGCCGGAACCACCUCCCGCCGAGCCACCGCCGAGCGGAGCAAUGCGAUCCCGGGCCGACGCCACCCGCCGACCACCGCCACGGGUGGGCACGUCAAUACAGCGGGGCGACGCCGAAACCAGGAGAAAAGUCCUCCUCCUGGCCACCCCGCCGCCACCGCCGGAUCGCCGCCGGAUAGGCAACAGGCGGACAUCGGUCCCAAGGACCACACGCCCGACGACGAGGCCGGCCGCAGCGCCGCGAGAUGUCCGGCCCCGACCGGCCGCCAGCCCGACCGCCACUCAAGCGCCGCCACGACCAGCAGCGGUCCCGCAACGACAGGCACCGGUCCGACCACCGGCUCCACCAGACCGACGUCCCGCACCGGCCCCGUGCCGACCAGCCGUCAGAACAACCAGGCCCCGACCGACGCCGGCGACGGCUCGCUGCGCCGUCACCGCACCACCGGCACAACGACCAACGGCCACCGCUCCACAACGUCCCGUGGAAGCCGUGGGCACCCGGAUUCCGGAGCCAACCACGGUCCGCGUUGCACCCGGAAGAGCCAUCCGGGUACCACACUACGCCCGUCAUGUCGACCGCCAAUUCCGAAAGUGGACUCCGAAAGGAAACGAUGACGCUCAAAUACCAUUAGAUAUUAAUAAGAGGGUAAGAUUUGUCAAUGAAAAUAUGUACAACGAAGAGACUGUCGCAGAAAAAAAAGGCUGUGUAUCUUUUGGAAACGAUGAUGCUCAAAUACUAUUAGAUAUUAAUACAAGGAUAAACUCUGUUGAUGAAAAUAUAUACAAUGAAGAGAUUGAUAUUCAAAGAAAAGGCUGUGAAUCUUUUGGAAAUGAUGACGCUGAAAUACUAUUAGAGUUUAAGAGAUUGUGA